AGGCGCUGGGGGCCGGUGCGGCCCGGCCUCCCCGUGCCCCUCUCCUCGCCCCUGGCAGGGCUCACCCGCGCCUUCCGCAUCAAGGAGCCGCCGAAGCCCAAGCAGGUGGAUCGGUGGACGGAAAAACGGGCCUUGUUCGGGGUCUACGACAACGUGGGGAUCCUGGGUGACUUCCAGAUCCACCCGAAGAACCUGAUCGUGGGGCCCAAGUGGCUGCGAGGCUGGCGGGGGAACGAGCUGCAGAGGUGCAUCCGCAAGAAGCAGGUGGUGGGCGAUCGGAUGUUUGUAGAGGACUACCACAAACUCAACAAGAGGAUCCGGUACUUGUACAGGCGCUUCAAUCGUACCGGGAAGCACCGCUAGGAGCGACCGUGGGUUCGGCAUGCGGAGCGUGGUUUUGUGGCGGCAUGGUCAGAAUAAAGGCAGCUUUCACACA